AUGGAUAUCAAUGAGGCAUCUUCCCCUUCAAGCCCGGCCAAAGAGCCGGCCGCUCAAAAGGGAAAAUCUCAGCCGCCUAGACAAAAGAAUUCUCCUGCGGUUCGUCCUUUACCUCGAGAGAAAGCAUCGAACGACCAUGGGACCCGAUACUCCCUUGCUCAACGUGCUCAGGCACUCACCCUCUUCUCACUUGGAUAUAAGCCUUGCAAUAUUGCGUCGUGGCUGAAAAUGACAGAAAGAUCGGUCUACAGUAUCAUUCGGAAGGCGAAGGAAAGAGGCUACAAUCCGCAGGAAGAUCCGCGCAUCCUCGAUCAUUACAUCGUGAACGGAUAUAAAUCAGGAAGGCCGAAGGCCAUUCAAAAGACGGUUGAGAAAGAGUCUUCUUCAUGA